CUUUCGUUUAUGCGUCUCAUUUAACUCUUAACUUCUGCAUUAGACCUUCAGGCGUCCGCUCUGUUUGAAACUUUUAAACUGAUAUCUUAUUGCGUUUUUUUGUGUCGUGAAGGACGUUUAAACUGCAAACGGGACUAAAUAAUAAUACUAAUAAUAAUUUGCUCCAUGUGUCUGUUCGUGCUGGACUUGAGAACCGAAGAUGGAUGACGGCGCUAAAAUGCACCUGAGGGACUGGCUGGUGGCUCAGGUGGACAGUGGACGGUUUGAAGGUCUGUGCUGGGACGACGACGGCAAAACCAUGUUCAGGAUUCCGUGGAAACACGCUGCCAAGAAAGACUAUAACCAGUCAGAGGACGCAGCUCUGUUCAAGGCCUGGGCAGUAUACAAAGGAAAGUACAGAGAGGGGAAAGAUGAAGCAAAUCCAAGCAUGUGGAAAACCAGACUCCGCUGUGCUCUUAACAAGAGCACAGAGUUCCAGGAGGUCCCUGAACGCAACCAACUGGACAUCACUGAGCCUUAUAAAGUGUAUCGGAUUCUGCGAGAUGGAGAUCAAGACACUGAACGCGGUUCUUCUGGUCCAAUAAAUGAAGUCCAGAGGCGGAGGUUACAACAGAAACUGGUUUGUCAGGAGAAUCAGGAUGACUCGUCCCCAAUGUCUGGAGAGACAGACAAUACGUCCAUGGAUAACCCACUGAGAGAACACAUGUAUUGCUUCUCACGAGGAGCCAACACUCGGAAACAGAGUCCGUCUUUAUCCACGCUUCGCAUUGCAUUCACCGAGUCAGAUUGCAGAAUGCGAGUGACAUUGCUGUACCACGGCAUAAGCGUCACCCGAGUGGUCACCAGCAGCCCGGAGGGCUGCUUCAUUCUGCAGGGCAGCGCUACGGUCGGCAACGAGGAGAUCUACGGACGCUGCACUACGCAGCAGAUCUCCUUCCCCUCGCCAGAUCGUCUUCCCUUGUCGAAACACAUGCGGGACGCCAUGACCCUUCUGCUUGGUCACCUGAGGAAGGGCGUGCUCCUCUGGGUCGCUCCUGACGGGGUGUUCAUCAAACGCUUCUGUCAGGUCCGAGUCUACUGGAGCGGCCCAGCAGCCAAGCACACCGACAAACCUAACAAGCUGGACAGAGAGAAAACAUUCAAACUGCUUGAUACGCAAACAUUUCUCACAGAGCUCCACAACUUCUCCCAUGGGAACGGUCCUCCUCCGUCUUAUGAGAUUGAUCUUUGCUUCGGAGAGGAGUAUCCAGAUCCCAAAAUAGCAAAAACCGAGAAGCUGAUCAUGGCGCGGCAGGUUGUCCCCUUGUUUGCGGAAGAGCUGGCGAGGAGGCUCAACUUGGAGGAAGGAGGGAAGAAGAGGAGGACAGAGGUCAUCAGUACGGAUGGAGAGAGUUUGUAGAAGUGUUGGGAGAGAAUAACUGCUCCUUAUAGUCAGGAGAGACAUUAACAGCAGAGGAAAUGUAUGUGUAGCCAUAGUGGUGCCUUAUAGAAUUGCUGGCAUGCAUCGAGGGAAAUUUAAAGUUCUUUGAUUGCUUUUUCAGUCCUCACCGUGUGUAGGUGUGUGUGAACGAUAUUGAUAUUGCCACUUUAUGAAUCCCCAUUUAUUAAUUCCCAUGGAGUUUUUGUCUUUUUUUUUAAUAUCUAAUUGACAGCCAUCGAACUUAUAGAAAUGAAAGUGAUCCUUUUCACCAAAGAAUCACUGCAGGAUUGCUAACUUUUCCUUUGUGAAUAAAUAAGAAAUAUAAAUGUUUACAAAUGCAUGCCUGUUAAUCAAAAAUGUAAAAGUCAGUAUUGAACUAAUCGAUUUGUAUUUUUUCUUUUAUCUGUGUCCGAAUGUAUUUCAUCUUUGUACGCUUUAAUGUAAUUAGUUUUGUGUAUUAUUUACAUAUACUUA